AUGAGUAAUACGCUCUACCUUACCGGAGAUACGUUCCAGUUCAGAUUGGAGCCUACGCUGUCUCUUGGUGUUCCAGCCUCGCGCGAAAGUGUACGAAAUCAGAACAUACUAGCAAAAGCCGCCGCCGUCGACGACAAUAACCUCGAUGCGUUCUCAGAAGUCGAUCCUAAGUCCGCGCCCGCUCCAAGAAUGGAACGCAGGCCAAAAAACUCCUCAAAUGGCACUAAGAAUGCAGCGACAACUUUCGACCCGGUCGACGAACCAGCGAUAUCUUUGGAAACUAAGUACGGUAUUCGGAUAGAGCUGGAUAAUGAUGCAACUCGUACCCUAAGGAUUCGAUUUUGCUCGGCGGAUAAAGAGUCGAGCUCGACAUUACGAGAAGACGAGCCUAGCUCCCUGUCUACAGCAGAACAGCCCGGCUCCCACUCAACGAACGAGCAGUCAUCCUCAGAAUCACAGCAGCACGCGAUUGAAGAGUCCUCUACGACGAAGCAUGACUCCGGAUCAUCUACGCAGACUUCGCCAAUCGAUGAGUAA